AUGAAGUUUAGUAUCUACUGUUGUUCUCCAAACGUUAAAGGUUCGAGAACCUAAUAAAAAAAUGAUGAAUCAACUAUGGUAAGUAUUAGAAGCAUCUCCUAAAUCAGUCUACCCUCUAUCUCAAAAAAAAAGAAACCGUGGGUCUUCUAGGACGACUAUGAUUUCUUAAAGGAUGAGAAGAGAAUGUUCAAACUUCUUGAUGAUGAUAAUUCCCCUUACAUCAAUAGAAGAUAAUAAGCUGUUAAAUUAAUCUAACAAAUUGAUUAUACUGAUCCUGCUGAUAUCGAGGAAAGAUUCUCAUUUAUUUUAAAAUACUUAAAGCAAACAAGGAUAGGCAAUCUUUAUAAUAUUGGAGUCUUUGCUUUUGCUUUUAUAUUACAAAUUAAUAAUUUACUCUAAAAAGCAAUCUAAGUUUGGUAAAAAUUUUUAGUCUUUUGCAAUGGCAACAGGUCAUUUAAAUAUAAAAUGAUAGCCUAUAAAUUUCUAUCAGAACUACAUCUUUUGGAAUGUGAUCUAAGAAGGUCUUUAAAUUAUAGUAAGAAAUUCCUCAAAUAUGCAUUAUGUUUCAAAGAAUAUGAAUACGAAUUGAAUGCAUACGAAUUGAUCAGCAAGAUCUAUUACUAUAAAUAAGAAUCUCAACUCGCCAAAGCCUUUCAUUAAAAAUUUAUGGAUGGCGAAUAGCUGUCCAAUACAGAUUAAAUUAGGAUCUAAGCAAAAAAACUCUUUGAUUUUAAGAUCAAACAAUAACAAAGUUUGGGAAAGAUCGAUACUGACAGUGAAGAAGAAUUCGAAUUAAACAAAUUGGUAGAACCAAAAGAGUUGACAUUUAAUCCCAUUAAAGUGAAGGAUGUUUUAAUCAAAAAUAAACACUUAUGGGGGCAUGUCAAAAGAGAUAGUGAGCCAUUAGGUCCUAUUAAUAGAAGCAUUCUGGAUAGAAAAUUGUUCUAAAGAGAAUAUUACACACAAUUGAGUCAUAACAAUAGUCUUUAAAAAUAUGUUAAUAAUAAAGGAAUUGCUUUAACGACUACAAAGAAGAACUUUAUCGUGAUAGAUAAAUUAAUAUUUGAUAUACAAUAAUUUUGA